GUUUAAUUGAGAUGCACACUUUCUCCAAUAGUCAGUCGACACUCAUAGUUCUCAGUUGAUGCUGCAGCCAUGAAGCUCCUCCGAACCCUCUCUGGACCCAGAAAUCUACUGGUUCGAACUAUAGGGCGUCGAUACUUCGCGGCCACACCGGAAGAAUACGCCAAGAGAAACUACGCUAACAAUGAGGCUGAAUACAGCACUGUUAUUAGCUCUCUCACUGCUCAGCGAAGGCAUUAUUUGUUGAGGGAUGUUUAUGAUGACAUGAUGCUGGAUGGUGUAAAGCCAGAGAGAGAUACAUUUCAUUCACUUCUUAUUGGGACAAUGAAAGGUGCUCGCUUGCAAGAUGCUUUCUUUUUCCGCGACGAAAUGAAAGCUAUGGGCUUGGUCCCUGAUGUUGCUUUGUACAAUUUCAUGAUAUCUACAUGUGGAAAAUGCAAAAAUUCGGAACAAGCAGUAAGGCUUUUGGAAGAAAUGAAGAGAUUUGAAGUCAAGCCUACUGGACAGACCUAUAUCUGUCUCCUCAAUGCGUGUGCAGCUGCUGGUCGGGUAGACAGAGUGUAUGCAAUUGUUAGGGACAUGACUGCUGCUGGUCUUGGUCUUAAUAAAUUCUGCUAUGCUGGACUUAUAGCUGCUCACAAGAAUAAGGAACCUGUCACUGAUGAUGUAGCUUCCAAGAUUCUUGAGCUAGUUGAGCAGUCCAAGGGUUGGUCGGCAGUUGAAGCACCUAGUGACAUUCCAGUAAGAUCCAUGAUGGGCAUGUCUGAAGAAGAACUUUACAAUAUCCCAACUGCUGAGUUUGUUUUCCGGCGUGGUGGAUUUUUAAAUAGGGAAUUCACCGUUUAUCAUGUUGCAUUUCAUGCCUGUGCAGACCUAAAAAAUGUGGAGGCGAUUGAUGCACUUCUUGAGAUGCUUAGCAAAGACGGUAAAACACCUGAUGUGUUCAUUUUGAUGGAAACCAUGAGGUGUUAUCUUCAUUCUGGGGAUCUGCAACGUGGUCGUAAACUUUUUGAGGACUACAUGAGUUCGGGAAAACCACCUAUGAUUGAAUUAUAUGUGACACUUGUUGAGGGAGCAAUGGUCGGUUACACUCCUGAUGGGAUGCAACUCGCUCAAGAGACACUGGUAAACAUGAACUCCAGGAACUUCUUCCUGAGUCCUAAAAUGGGAAGUGAUCUCCUUCUUGUUGCUGCGGGUGAAAAGACUGGUGGAUAUACUACCGCCAAUCUGAUAUGGGACAUGAUGCAAGCUCGUAAAAUUAUACCAACGUUUCCUGCUGUUCAAGCAUAUUAUGACGGCUUGAAGGUUCGGGAGAUACCAGCUGAUGAUCCAAGACUGCAACUAGUUUCUCGAACCUACAAUAAUCUGAGAAAGAGGUUUGGUGGGGGAGGUGGUGUGGGAGCUGGACGACCGUAGACAGAAGAUUGAGGCCGUACAGCAGCUACAUUGCCCCGAACCACUGGGUUCUUUUUGUACCUUAGGAUGUCUGCCUUUUCUUGUUAUUCCAUAAUUUUGGCCAUUUGUUCAUGUACCCAAGUCGAACAGAUAUAUAGAUUAAUUGACUUGUUACGGAGAUAAUGGGAUUUAUUCACUACCUGCUAGUCAUACUGUUUCUUGACUACCUAGCUGUGGAACGUGCGCGGUGUAGAAUCAAUGUGCUCGGGGUGAGUUUGGUUUAUUAUACAUCUAUUUUCACA